GUUAACAGCUGGUUUCUAUGGAAACCCAUGCUGGAGUAACAAGCCUCGUUGAAAAAUAAAUAAAACACAUGUUUUCUUCUGAUUUACUCACUUCUAAUUAAAUUUUUACAAAUUUGUUAAUCGUUUGUCAUAUAAUGGCUGAUUUUUUGAAUCAAGUUUUCAAUCAUACUACGCCUAUUGAGAAAGCUAUCCAGCUGAUCCAGUUAAAUAGAAAUUUUAAAGCAAUUUAUGGUCAGGAUGCAAAAUAUCAUGAUGUUUUCCAAUCUCAAAUCAAUUCUCUUCUCUCUAUUCCACCAAAAAGGGUUCAUGGUUUUCUUCUUAUCCAAGAAUAUUUGAUGGAAAUGCCGAAAGAUUUACCUGGAGAUAAUUUGAAAAAUUGGGCUACAUUCUGUGUGUCAUAUAUUGAAGGAUCUACCUGGAAAGGAAAAGAUAUUGCUUUACAAGUAUUGGAUAAGUUGUUACAAAAUGGUCAUAGUGAUGAUAAUACUCGGCGAAAACUCAGUCUUCAUGUUGUUAGUUCUACUGUGGAAUAUGUUUGUCGGAAUAACUUAAUUUUGGUCAAGUGCUCACCUUCAAUUGUUUUCAGAUUUCUUCUCACUUGUGUGACUAAAUACUCUGGAUCAUGUGGAUCUAAGAAAAAUUUGAUCACCAAUUUCAUAGUUAAAAAUAUUUAUGACUGUUCUGAUGGAUAUGAGACCCUCGUUGCACUAUUGGCCAAUAUCCAUUAUUGUCCAACACCCGGUCAAUCAAAUUUGACUACGAAAAAUAGUUGGUUUGAUCACUUUUGUGCUAUCCUUGUUAAUUUAAAUUUAAUUUUGAAUAAAUUGGCAACCUGGGGAGUAGGGUUCGAAAAUCUCUCACUGACCAACAAAAAAUUACCACAGUUUUUGGGAACCAACGAAAAAGAAGGUUUCGAUGGUAGGAUGAAAUUAGAACAAAGUUACAAAGCCUUGUCUGAUACAAUUUGCAAAAUGUUACAAGACACUGCAUCUAUUGGUUUAACCAUUCCUGUAUCAAGCAUUUUCCAAAUAAUUUAUCGAGCUUCAUCGGUGAAACUGGGACCUCUCUACUCGAUGGACCCGUGUCUUUCUCUGACCAUACUAGUUAUUCAAUUGCACACGCUGAAAAUAUUGGAACAAUUAAUUUCUACCUGUAAAACAGCGUUGUUGCCAUACUCAAAAUUCUUUUACCAAAGUAUAACUAGUAUUUUGGAUAGUGCAUUAGUAAAUACCGAUUCUUCAUCAUCAGCAGCUAAUCAAUCACUUUCACUCACUAAAAUGUGUAUAUUUGACUUGAAAAUUCAUUGUUACAAAGUGAUUACCAAAUGGUUCACAGUCAAUCGUCCUAAUAUGUUCAUCGAUAAAGAUUCUGCAGUUUCCCUUUUCAAGCAUUCUAUGAUAGAUAUGAAAUUAAGUGAAAAAAGCAUUGAGCUAAGAAAUGUCAAGAAGGAUAAAAAUUCCAAGACUGUAGAUAAUGUCAUCUCUAUACCAUUCAUUAAGGAAAAAUUAAACUCCCUGCAUUUAUAUUGCUUGAAAGCUAUGAAAUCAUUUGUGACGAAUUGUUUCAUCAAUCUUCCCUCCGAACAACUCACUUUCUUUGCAACAUUUAUAGCUGAAGAAAUUCUUGCCUUGUAUCGAUCCUCAUUAUCAUCAACGAUGCUUUACGAGAAACCUCAGACUCGUAAGGAGUUGCUUUCCUUGGCUGUGGUGCUAUCUCUGGAAAAUGAAACGAUUCCAUUAAGUAUUGGCUUAAAUUUGCUACAAAAUGCGCUCAAUGUUGACCCAUCUAGUCUGAUACAGAAAUUUUGUUUCGAAUCUUUGAGAGCUUUCAAUGGAAUUAUCAAUCCUAUUAGAAUCUUGAGAGUAAGUGAAUCUACCCAGAAAGAUUUGCUCAGCGGCGUCUGGUCAAGCUUUAGUACUGAUAAUAAUGCUGCAGUUUCUACUGGAGAAAACUCUCAAGAUAACGAAAAUGAACGGAAUCUUAUAGAAGAUGAAAACAGAAUCGACGAAAAUAUUGAUAACAUGAAUAGAAACGAAAUCCCCGAGUCUUCCAAUUCAAAGGAAAAUUUAAAUGAAAAGGAGCAAAAUGUUAACUAUACUACCAAUUCAAACAGCGAACCAGAACCUAAUGUAAUCAUGAUCCAAGAAGUUGAUGACGAUUCUUCUGAAAAGGAAAAAAACCAUUCAACAGAAACUGAUGAUUGUAUCGUUUAUGAUCCCGAUGAAUCUGGUGAUGAAGGUUCAAAAAUGAGCAAAAAUGAUAAAGAUGAUGAUUUGGAAAUUGUGGAUAUAAAACCAAAUAUUUCCAUCAAAAGAGAUGAUUUUGAAAUUGAUGACAAUAUCUCAUCAAAUAAGAAACCUAAAAUAAUUCAAGAAGAUUCACAAUCACAAUCCUCAAGCCGUUCAUUAACCAUAAUCGAACCCAGUUCCAAUAAUGAUGAAACCAAUGGUAAUAUUAGUGAUGAUAUAAUCAAAGACUUUAUCGCUGACUGAAGCUGCAACUGUUAACUUAUUAUCGAUAUCUGGCUGAAAAAUAAAUAAAUAUUUAGGUUUUAUUAUAUUAAAAUUUGUUUUUUCAAAAAAUAUUCAAACUCUCCAACAUCUACAAUUGAUAAUUAAUAAAGAUUGCUUUUGUUGACAAUAGCU